UUUGGACCUCAAAAACUUUCUGGUUCAAGCUUCACCUACCCUUUCAAAAACACCACAUUCUUCUCACCUUUCCUUUGCACCAACAGGACUUUUCAUUUCCUUUUUUUUCCCAUUCUCCUAUUUCCUUGUUCAUGAAUCUUUGACUGAACUCUUCAAACUCUCAUUUCCUUUGAUACCAACUACCAUAGUCAUCAUUUUCUUUAGUUGGUAUCUUUUUAUUUUCUUGAAUUACACCUUCCAAUUAUUAUAAAAAUAACAAAAGCAAAACCCUGAUCAGUUUAUUGGUUUUUUUUUUUUUUGAAGUUUUUAACUGUUGUUGUUUUAAGCUCAACUUCACCAAGAAAUAUGGUGGGGGCUUUAUCUGUGGUGGGUUCAUCGGUUAUGGACUCUCACACUGGUCCAUGUUUGUGCUUGGAUGCAUUGCCAUCGACCAACAUGAACCUCAAAAGUGGUGGCUUAUUGGUCUUGCGGAGGAAUUCAAUAAAAAGAAAACAUACGGCGGCAAGGCCAGGGUCCAUAUUGGAGUUAGGCAGCUCUUUUGUAGAUUCAUGGCGUCAUAGUAGGUUGUCAUCCAAAAUGAUUCCAGGUAUUGUGAAUAAGAGUUCAAAGAAGAUGCAGCGUAAGGACCGGAGGCUUGUAGUUUUCAACAAUUUAGGAGGGCAGUAUGAAGACAGUUUUGAGGAUGUUAAAACGCAAUUACUCAACUAUUUCACAUAUAAAGCAGUGAGGACUGUUCUUCAUCAGCUCUAUGAGAUGAAUCCACCACAAUAUACAUGGUUCUAUCAGUUUGUUGCAACAAAUAAGCCCAGUGAUGGCAAGCGUUUCAUACGCGUCCUUGGGAAGGAGAAGCAAGAGCUUGCUGAAAGAGUGAUGAUAACAAGGCUUCAUUUGUAUGGGAAAUGGGUUAAGAAAUGUGACCAUGCUCAAAUAUACAAAGAGAUUUCUGAUGAGAACUUGGAAUUGAUGCGCGAAAGGCUCAUGGAGACUGUGGUUUGGCCCUCUGAUGAUACGAACGCAGAGAAGAUUGGCUGAGGGGAUGCAACUCUAUCUGAUUUUUUUGCUUUUUCACCUUUUCUUUCUUCUCUUCUUGUUAUUAGCCUUAGGUAUCCUUUCCGUAGAAUCAACAAGUUUGGUCCCAAUGAAUGUUGUUACUUUAUAUUUUUUUCACCCAGCUAAUAGGCAUUGCUGAACACUGUUUAUUAUAAAUCUUAUAUAAUUAAGUACUACCAAUCAUUUCAGAUGGUUCUAAAGGAAGUAACUGAA